AUGGCCCUCAAGCAAGACACAACCGGUAUCAUCGCCGCCGCCGAAAGCCACAUGCUCUCCUAUUGUGCCGACCUCACCUCACCCACAUUCGAAACCUCUACCGAGCGGGCCGCAAAAAUGGCCACCUACUACCUUCCAGCCAUCUCCAUCUUCACAGGUGGAACCAUCACCCAGCUAUCUGACCCGUCGCUUUACGUACAACUGAUCGCGGGUCCUCUGAACAAGUUGGGGGACCUUCCUCAGGUCAGAGGACAUCGAGUCGAUGCUAUCAGCGAGAACAGUGCAAUUAUAUGGCUUUUACUGGAGGUUAGUGGGAUUCAGAUUUCAAAGGUUUAUUUCUUCAGAAAGAUGGAGCAUGGAGUCGAGGGGUUCGAGGGUGGUAUUUUUGAUGGUGAGAUCUGGUUGUUGAAGGAGCUGGCCAAGGAGUGA